ACAAUGCUUUGAAGAAAAAAGUUGUUUCUAUGGGUUACUCGAUCAAUGAUCCUACAUAUCGAUACUACCGCAGAGAAAUCGGCAUAGUAAACCCGGAGGCUUUGAAAUGGUUAGACAACAUACCUCGAGAAGAUUGGAUUCAAGCAUUCGAUGGAGGUAGUCGUUGGGGUCAGAUGACAACCAACCUUGUGGAGUCGAUUAAUAGAGUAUUAAAAGGCACGCGCAACCUUCCCAUCACUGCUUUGGUCCAAUCAACUUAUUUUAAAACAGGGACACUGUUUCCAACCAAGGGAAAACGACAUGCAUCAAUUUUAGCUUCUGGUCAGGUAUACACAGAAACUUGCAUAAAAUUUAUGAAAUUGGAAAUAAGUAAAUCCAAUAGUCAUAGAGCUUUAGAAUAG